AGACCAAAACAAUUUCGGCGUCGUGCAGUAUCAUUUUAUUUAAAUUAAAUUACAUUUAUUUGUAUCUAAUAAUAAGCGAGGGCGGAGAAAGAGUCAACACUACAAGAAACUCUGCGUUUGUCGGUUUAUUUAUGAAGCUAAGACUUCCAUGAAGCCUUAGCACACAUAUAAGAUGAAUAGUGAACUAACAAAGACUUCCCGUACACACAAGGGAUGCAGACAAAACAAGUAAACUGCAUUGUGGGACAUCCUGCGGUGGGAAUUUAACAGUUUUGCCCGCUAUAUUAUAUUCUAAUGAGCUUCCUCUGUCUAAUCGUACACUGCUAAUAUUGGGUCAUAAAGUCUAUGCGUGCGGCUCAGGAUUGGUUCGGUCUGUGGGCUCAGUGCUCCACAUCGCAAAAAAAGCCAUGCAGUAUGAGUUGUGGCCUAUAGCCGGCGACAGAGAGCCCCAUUUCUGUAAAAACAACAUCUCACCUUCUUUCUUUAGUCCAAGUGCUGGAGCACGUUUGAGUGACCAUGGAGUGCGUUUGCUGUCAUGUAGUUGAGCGUUAAUACGGCGUGAAUAGCAGGAGAGGGGGACUUUCGCGUGGAUACGAGGAGCCACAGUCGAGCCAUGGCUGCACGGGAGGAAGGAGAGGUUUUGCACAGUAAAACAAGGCACCACGACGGAGCUGGAAGUGUAAACAGCUCAGAAGGCUUCAGGAACGGCUAUGUGAAGAGCUGCGUCACCCCCCUGAAACAGGACCAUCAGAGGGGAUUUUUGUUUAGCGUGUGCAGGUUUUGCAACGAAGACAUUCUCAGCUCCAAACUGUUAAAGGUCUCUGCCCUGUACGUGGGCGCUUUCGUGAUUUUCGCGGUCUCCUUUCUAAUUUCCAGGAGCUUGCAAAGUGACUCGCUUUGGGAUUUGCGGACUUUUUUGUCGGGCUUCUCCCAGUCCAUCAGUCCUUUAUUCAGCAUAGGAUGUGCUUUCUUCUUCCUGACACUUUACCUGAGGAGGAAAAAGAAGGAGAGCACCAAAUGCUGGCUGGUGUCACUGCCAGCAUCGUGUUACCUCGGGGAUUUUUUGGUCUUGCGGUUUUUACAAUGGGGAGAGGACCAGCACCAGAUGCAAAUGGUGGGCAGGUUGUUAUUCGUGUUGGGAUGUGUGGGUCUACUCACGCUGAUCCCAACGCUGAAACUCAAACACAGUGUUCUCAUACUGGUUUUUGCCAGCGUUGUGUGGCUUGUUUCUUUCACAAGUUUGAGCGGUCUGCCCGCACUGCUCAGACCGCUCUUUGCCUGCUUUGCGGGGGUUUCUGGCUCCCUGUUGGGGCUCUGCUUUGACCGCUACUACCCGUCGAGAGAAGCACCGAGUGGGAUUUCCAGCGCGGAGGAAAAGGUCCCUGUGAUCAGACCUAGGAGAAGGUCCAGUUGCGUGUCGCUGGGGGAGACGUCGACCAGCUAUUAUGGCAGUUGCAAAAUGCCUCGCAGACCUUCGUUGCCCUGUAUAUCCAGAGAGCAGAUGAUCUUAUGGGACUGGGAUCUGAAACACUGGUACAAACCACAGUAUCAGGGUGCAGUGAGCGGCAACGGUGUGGACCUUUCAGUCAUCAAUGAGGCCAGGAAUCUGGUGUCAGACCUGCUCAUGGACUCGUCACUGCCUCCACACACUAUUUCAGUUCUGCGCAGCAUCUCCAGCCUCAUGGGGACCUUUUCAGGCUCAUGCCGCCCCAGGGUCAACCCUUUUACCCCCUUUCCAGGUUUCUACUCCUGCGAUGAGGUGGAGGACUCUGUAGAGAGGAGUGAUAGGAAACCUAUUAAGGGUUUGAACAGCAGAAACAGCCUCCCCACCCCUCAGCCAAGGCGUAGUUCCACCUCAUCUGCAUCCUCCGCACUCCCUUCUCUUGACUGCGCCUCUUCGCGGUGGGAACGUAACAACGGGAAGAGACCGCACCCUGACCUCAACUUGACCAGCUCAGGUUUGUCCAAUGGGCCUAAUGCAAACCUGCUCACCAUUCCCAAGCAGAGAUCUUCCUCUGUCACCCUCACAUACCAUGCGGGGUCCAGGAGAGCAGGCACAUCACCGAGCCUGAGCCCCGUCACCUCUCCAAGCCACAGUCCUCCCGCUGUAGGCACUGGUUCUUCAUCGUCCCUUGUUCCUCGAUUGCCUGUGGAGUUCCCAGACACGGCUGACUUCUUGACGAAGCCUAGUGUAAAUCUGAACCUGCAUAAACCCUUGGGCUACACAAUAAACUCCCCUGAUUUCCGUAGCUCCACUUUACCUCUCUGCACCAGCUGCGGUCGUCAGAUGCUCAAGGGCAACAGUGAUACAGGGGAAUCCCAUCAAUCGUACACCACUGAGGCUCAGCGGAGACGCUCAGCAGGGGAAGGGCCAGAGUUCAUAGGAGAACCUCUGAUCAGGGAGGAAAGUUCGGAGAUGGAUGUGUCUGAAGAUGGGAGCCCAGACGAUGGGGGGGACCAGAGGCUGACAGAGGAGGAGAAGGAGAAGGAGAAGAACACGAGCACAGACCAGCAGACUCAGGAAUCAGAGGAUGAACAGGAGUUUAUGCUAGAUCCUAUGCUCGAGGAACACGAGACCCUCAUGGAGAGGAUGAACACCUGGAACUUCCAGAUUUUUGACCUGGUGGACAGAACGGGAGGGAAGACCGGAAGGAUCCUAAGCUAUGUGACAUACACCCUUUUCCAGGAUAUGUGUCUCUUUGAGAUCUUCAAGAUCCCUGUGAGGGAGUUCAUGACAUACUUCUGUGCUCUGGAAAAUGGAUACAGAGACAUUCCUUAUCAUAAUCGGGUACAUGCUACUGAUGUGCUGCACGCUGUUUGGUACCUGACCACUCGACCAAUCCCUGGGUUCCAGCAGAUCCACAGUGAGCAUGUGACUGGGAGUGACACGGAUUCGGAUAGUGGAAUCUCUCCAGGCAGGAUAUCCUACGCCUCGUCCAAGAGCUCCUCAAUUUCAGAUGACAGCUAUGGCUGCCUGUCCUGGAACAUCCCUGCCCUGGAGCUCAUGGCCCUUUAUGUAGCAGCUGCAAUGCACGACUAUGACCACCCUGGUCGCACAAAUGCCUUUCUAGUAGCCACUAAUGCACCUCAGGCUGUGCUGUACAAUGACCGCUCAGUGCUGGAGAACCACCAUGCAGCAUCUGCCUGGAGCCUCUACCUUUCCCGACCUGAGUUCAACUUCCUCGUCAACUUGGAUCACAUGGAAUUCAAGCGUUUUCGUUUCCUCGUCAUCGAGGCUAUACUGGCCACAGACCUCAAGAAGCACUUUGAUUUCCUGGCUGAAUUCAAUUCCAAGGUGAACGAUGUGAACAGUCCAGGAAUUGAUUGGACCAACGAGAACGAUAGACUGCUGGUGUGCCAAGUGUGCAUAAAGUUGGCAGAUAUCAAUGGACCAGCCAAAGUCCGUGACUUGCACCUCAAAUGGACAGAAGGCAUCGUCAAUGAGUUCUACGAACAGGGAGAUGAAGAAGCCAGGUUGGGAUUACCCAUCAGCCCCUUCAUGGACCGCUCCUCCCCUCAGUUGGCCAAGCUGCAGGAGUCCUUCAUCACGCACAUUGUAGGACCGCUUUGUAACUCCUACGAUGCUGCUGGCUUACUUCCUGGCCACUGGAUUACUGAAGAGGGGUCGGAUGACGAUGACGAGGAGGGCCAGGUGGACAUCGAAACAGAUGAAGAUGAAGAUGAGGAAGAUGAGCUAGAAGAAGAGCUGGCACCAAGAAGGAGGAAAAAACGACGCAGGUUGUUCUGCAGCAUCAUGCAGCACCUGACAGAGAACCACAAGGUGUGGAAGAAGAUCAUCGAUGAGGAGGAUAAGAGCAAAGAGCUUGCCAAACAGCAGCAGCCAGACAGUUUGCCCACCUCUCCGUCAGAUGACAUCCAGGUCAUCCAGGAGGAGGAAGAGGGGGAGGAGCGUCAGUAGCAGCAAGAGGAGCAGACGCGUGGACAAGAAAAGGAGAGGCAGUACAAGGACACGAGGCCCUCAACCACCUGCCUUUCACCGACUUUAACAUUUGACAAAUGCACAUAAAACACACGUUCCCUCUCUCUUACACACACCCACACGAACACACAAACAUAUUGAAAGAUUCACUGUGCUGACACUCAAAUGCUUAAGCAGUCACAUUGUUUUUGGAGAAACAAAAAGGCCUUACUACUGUGAGCGGAUCCUUACUGCAACGGUGGGGGCCCAACUCCUAUGCACUUUCACCCCAUGGAGAGUCAAGUGCACCCAGAGAAACGCACCAGGACUGAGGCGGCAGAAGGUGCAGAAGAAGAAGAGCGCGGACUGAUGUCCAGGAUGAACUUGUCCUCCAUGGUAACCUGGCUGUGAUGCUGCCUUGAAUGCAAAGCGCUUAACACUUACCACCUCCCUUAGGUACAAAAACAGUUUCUUUGUAUUUCAAAAGGAAAGGUAGAGGAAACAUACUGAAGCAAAUGACAUCAUGAAGUGGUAGAUACCCUUUACCAAAGGAAAGACAAGAGACUGAAACUGUUUCAGCUUCAAUGUCAGGUAUAUUUUUGAAUUAUAUAUAUAUAUAUAUAUAUAUACAUAUAUAUAUCAAAUGUGCCUGUCUGAACCUUUACUAAGUCCAUAUUGGCCCAGAGCCUAGGCUUGUGUAGUUCUCUCCUUGCUGGUGACACGAAACACUGUAUCAGACUCAGUCACAGAGACAGUAUUGAAAUGUUGACUGAUUAAUAGCAUUAUAUAUGCAUCAUUUUUGAUGCUUUUACUCAUGCGUACCACCUGUCUUUUGGGGUUUUUUGUUUUUUUUUUCUCUCUCUGUUCUUUGUUUCGUUUGAAUGUGUGAACAUUUUUGUCCGGAAUGUGACGGAGAGAAUGAGCAGGGAGAAAGAGAUCACAUUUUUAAUUAUUUUAUUAUGUAAUUUGUAUGUAUGUUUGUUUGUCCUGUUAGCAACAGUUGAUUUCUAAUCAGCGAAAUGUCCUCUGGUUGGUGUUUAACAUGUCGCAUUCAGAUCAGGAGUGCCGAUUCAAUGAAUGGAUUCUUCAUUUUCCUUUUUUUGAUUCUAAGUAUUUUUUUAAAGGUUACUCAGGAUUCACGCAAAGUUGAAUAAUUAUUUUGCAAGAGUUUAUGUCAUUAAUAUGAAAUACACUUUCAAACGUAAGAAGAUUAAAAAUCUGGGUGACUGAAGUAGUUUGUAAUCUCUCAAUGAACAACUCGACUACAAACAAAUUCAAGCAAUCCUCGAGAAAUCCUCUGUGACAGAGGGGCAUGCGGUAUGUGCCGUCUCUUGGCCAUCCAUACACUGUUUGCGUAACCUUUUUACAAUCUCACUGGAGAAAGGCCUUUCUUGGUUGUCAGCAGACUGCAAAUGUGUCUUGUGUAGCAGCAGCACAUCAUGCACACAUGCUAUAACAGUGUGUUUGGGUUUGUUUGGGGUUUUUCAAUUGAAUUUUAAAAUGAUUUAAAAUUCAAACUCUCAUUUUAACAGUACAGUAUCUAAAUGCAGAUGUUUAGACAAACUUUCCUCUUUUGUUCACACUUAUGACUUGGCCAGUUUGCAAAGAAGGGAUCCAAAGUUUCUUGUCACUUUGGUUUUGUUUCUAUAUAUAUAUAUAUAUAUAUAUAUAUAUAUAUAUAUAUAUAUAUAUAUAUAUAUAUAUAUAUACAUAUAAAUAUAUAUUCUAACCUACCAUGAGGAAGGUUAAAGAACUCUUGGCAUUCCACUUGAAUAAGACAUUAUAUCAAAGGGAAGUUAGAACUGUCACCUAGCUCCUUUCUCACGUUAUUGAAUCAUACUGUCUGGAGAAAAUGUUAAGUAAGCAGUGUAAACUGAGAUAGUAAUAUUUAAAGACACAAAAUAGAUACAGAUGUGCACAUUUUAAUACCAAACAAGUGUUUAGCCGCUGUACAAAAGAGUAUGUGCAUAUAAAGAUAUAUUUUUAAAAUAAUCAAAUGAAUGCAUCUGUUUUCUACACACAGCUGACAUAUUGUACAUUGCGAUCCUGUAUUUACCUUUGUGUUUCCAAAGUUUUUAUCUACUUCUAUUUCCAGGUGUGGAACUGUGGGGCUUGGUGUUUUGAUUUGGAGUUUUUCAUUUUUCCAACUUCAGCGUCUGUCUGUUCUGUAUCAUAACCACUCUUCUAUUCUUCAUCGUCUCUCUCUGUCCCUGUCUUUAUCACCUGGCCCAGCUAGUGCCAAACGUUACCUACAUAGAUUAAUUUGUGUGCUGUGAUGAGCUGAUUGGCAAAACAAAAAAAAAACCCCAAAAUUGCUCCGGUACCGUUUGUGAAAAGAGAAGCAGCUCGUGUCAAAUACUCCACCGGGAUCAAAGUGGCAGUGACAGUGUUAAGAAUAGCGGGUGGACUCAGAGCCAUAAACAAUAUGACAAACGUGUCAUAAUUUUCUUUUCUUUUUUUUUUCACAUGGACCCGUGCUGGACUAUAAAGCAUCGGUAGCCCCUGACCUGACGUAUUCCAGCUCAUUAAGUUGUAAAAGUUUGUUGGCUUCUCGCUGUGCAGUCCUUCAAACCACAGUGUCCUCUGAUGAUUGUGCCAUAAAUACAUCAAUGAAUGGUUGUUACCCUUAUGUAGCAUCAAUAUACGUACGUUUGUCUAAUGUAACCAUUCACCCUUAUCUACACUGUGGAGGCAACAGAUUUUUGUUGUUAUUUAUAGCUGUCAUAAAACACCAUCCCUCAAGUAUCA